AUGCCAGUCGCGGAAGAUAGUCCAAGUGUACUGUCAUCCAACUCUUCCGGCACGCUCGAGUUCCCCUCCCCAUUCACAUUUAUCCUGAACAACCCUGUCCCGUUCGUCGAGCUACGCCUCCGCCGCUUCGCGCGCACCAUCCGCGACAAGCCAAACUGGUGGGAAAAGGUGCACGACCCGAACAUAGUUGCGCGAUGGACGCGCGAGGUCAUCGAGCACGACCUCACGAUGGUCGAGCAGUUCUGGGGAGGCGAGCGACGGUAUGACGAGGGCGCGGGCGAGAAACAGUGGCCGCGCGACCCGAUCACGGACGCGCAGCUGGCUUAUUUGUUUGACGAGCUCCGAUACCUCGCAUCCCAGCGCGACGAGGAGACCGGGAUAUCUGAAACAACUCUUCCUAUGGUGUACGAGUCCUUACAGCUCAUUCCGCCCUCUCUCAAGGCCUCUCUCAAGGAACUAGCCGAGCGACUGGAAGACGUCCCGGAGGAUAAAAAGGACUGGCAUCCCGGGUCCGGCCAGCAAGUGCUGGACCUCGUUCACCCCUCGUUAUUUUGCUUGCGCAUCGGACACUCCCUGGUGCAGGGCCUUCACUCUGAGACGGGAGAUCCACUACGACUGCUCACGCACGAAGAGUACCUGCACGAUCGUCUCGACAUCCAGCAGUGCCAUCCGCGCGACGCUUGGUAUCGCCGCACCGAGGAGCCCCGCCUGCCGUUCGAGUAUGCUGUCUCCAGAUCAUACCAAUGGCUCCCCACCGAUUUCGCAGUGUCCGACUCGGGACAUGUGACUUCCCAAGGCUACAUCAACAAUCUCAACCCCGAGCAGUACACGGCGGGGUACUGCACGGUCUCGUCCAUCCUCAAGCGUCUCCUCCCUCUGUUCGAGCGCGUCAUUGCGGACCAGCUUAACCCACCGCGCUCGCCGAUCUUCCCCAUCAACCCGCUAACGUGGUACAAGCAUCCGGACUCUGUGUGGCUCAAGGAAGCACCCCCCGGGACCAGCGAGGUCGAAGAUUGGCAAAGCCGCUACCGCUGGCCAGUGAUCCCGGACGUCGUCCCUUUCGAGCCCCCGCAGACAGAGGGGCGCGCUGCGCUCAGCCUGCGUGGGCGCACUAUCCAGGUCAUCGUCAAGAUGGCGAACAUCGUGCUCACUCCGGAGAACCCAAGCUACCCGGGGGGUGCAUGGCACGUCGAGGGUAUGGCGAACGAGAAGAUCGUCGCGACGGGGCUCUACUACUACGACAACGCCAACAUCACGGAGUCCCAGCUCGCGUUCCGCGCGGCCGUCGGCGACGGGCUGAGCGACGGCGGGACGUUCCUCAACUACGAGCAGUGGGACCACCGCGGGUACCUCGCCGUGUACGGCCUCACGAAUAUGCGCGCGCUGAACCAGGAGCUCGGGCGUAUCGUCGCCCGCGAGGACAAGUGCAUUGCGUUCCCAAAUAUAUACCAGCACCGCGUCGCGCCGUUCGAGCUUGCGGACCCCACGCGCGGGGGCCACCGGAAGAUCCUCGCGUUGUUCCUCGUCGACCCGCUCACGCGGGUGCACUCCACGAGUGUGGUACCCCGGCAGCAGGCGCAGUGGUACAGGGACGCGGUGUACGGCGCAAAAAUAUCUGCGAGACUUCCUCCGGAGCUUGUUGAGCUUAUUUUGGGAUACGUGCUAGAGGGCAUGGUGACGGAGGGGGAGGCUAUGGUGGAUCGCGAGGAGCUCAUGAAGGAGCGGGCGCAUUUCGUUAUGACGCACAACCAGAACGUCUUCGAAGCCGAGUUCGCUAUGUGCGAGCAUUGA